AUGUUCCAGGAUGGAGAUCUUGAACGCCACGAAAUGAUCCGGAAUCUUAACCAAAAUAUCGUGCACAACGGGGACCUCACACCAACUAAACGGAGCCCUGCAAAGAUCAUCGAUAUCUUCUACAAAGACCAAGUUCUUGCCCGCAAAUCCUCCCAACCAGUUGAGCUAGCACAGACGAAGAUUUCAACUGUGUCUAAAGACGAUUUGGUCCAUAACUGUGAAGAUCAAACUGUGAUGAACCAGGGAGCCACAACAUUCAUGAAUGAGCUUCGCCAGAUAAAAGGCGAGAUGAAUGAGUUUCGCCAGAUGAAGGCCGAGAUGAAUGCCAAGAUCUCCAUCCUGGAACACAUCGCACACCCAGGUUGA